GUGCCUCAUAACAGCACAACAAAGUAUUAAUGUCAAGAUGGAAGACUUUGUUCAUGAUUAUUACUCAGUGGAGAGGUUCAAGAAUGCUUAUAAGAGACUCAUAGAGCCUCUUCCAGAUAAGACCCAGUGGCCUGAAGUUGAGCUUGAAUUUCCUGUUAAGGCACCAUUGGGUAAAAGACCUGCUGGAAAGCCCAGAAAACUGAGAAUCAAAGGAUGUUUGGAGGGGGGAAAAGGUGGCAUGAGCAAAAAAGAUGCAAAGGAUGCUGCCAAUCAAGUUGAUAAGGAUGCAGAAUUGGAAGCCCAGGAAGCUGCUCAGGGAAAGAGGCAACUAAUCAUGGGAAAAAGAAAGUGCAAGGGGUGUGGUGAAUUGGGUCAUGGAGAAACUAGCUACAAGUGCAAGCUUAAUGGGACAAAAAAAAGGAAAAGGAAGCCCAGAAAAAAUACUACUAAAUAUGGGCCAAAUGCUAAAAUCCCAACAAAAAGGACAAAGAAGCAAUCUGAGCAAGCAGUGCAAGAUGCACAAGUUGAGCAAUCUAAGGAAGCAGUGCAAGAUGAGCAAGCUGAGCAAUCAGCUAUUGUCCCAUUUGCUCCAGAAAUGUCACUUGUAGAAACCAGCUCCACCAAUCUGACCAUGGAAACAUAUGUCCAGCCUACUGAUGAGCCAUCCAGGACCACUCGAAGAACUCCAAUAAAGAAGAAAACGACACCGAAGAAGCUGAUCUCAAGGAAGACGAAAACAAGCUGAGCAACAUGUUUGCAGAAUAAAGCUAUGUUUGUUAACCUGUAUCUUGUAUGAACCUAUGUUUGUGAAGCUGUAUCUUACUAUGAGGAACAUGUGUCAUUUGAACCUGUAUCUUUCUGUUAACUUUGGCCAUCCCAGAAUUUAUGGUCACGUGUUUGUGAAUCCUUUUAUUUUCUGCUCA